UUAUUCUGUCGCGACGAAUAGAUCCACAGUAAAGAUCAAAAAUAUUGUUGCCUUCGAGGGUUAAAUACAUUCAAAUGCAUUCUAAUUAUACUACAUACGUCGGAGCGUCUACUACUAAUACAUUAUGAAUCGAUCCGUCCGAGAGAAAAAUGUUGGAAACAGUCGCUAAAGUUUCAAUUCGACCGUAUAACUGUUGAGUACAAAAUCAAUGCAUUUAUCUUGUAUCCGAGUUUGUAUAUAAGUGAUAAUGCUAUUACAUGCACUUAUUUGUGCAUCAUAUGUAAAUGUAUCAGUAGAUACAUUUAAAUAAAACACGUUUAAUAAUCUAUUGAAUUACAAAUUGUGCUAAAUUGUUCGCAUUAAUUACCGGAUUUAACCUACUUUAAAUAAUUAAAAAAUUAAAUCGACUGUACUCUCUUCUGUAAUAGCAUCGUUAACAAUUUAAAAACAUGCUUUUAAAUUUUCAAACGUGAAAAAUUGCGUUCUCGUGAAGACGAAGCAGAGCCGAUUAGUUCCGAACAUAGCCGAACGAAGUUGAAUCAUAUUCGAUGCGGUUUGCCUGUGAUUACUGACAUCGCCGUCGCGCUGUGUAUCGCUCGCAGUCACAGAGUUCUGUUUGUGGAGUAAAACACGAUCGUUCGUCGCUUUUGUAUCUUCGUUUUAAACAGUUAUCUAAAUCGCAUCGAUGUGGAUAAUACGGGCGAUAAGUAAGAGUGAUACCUCAUCGCAUUAACAUCAAGCUACAGUAGAAAGAAAAUCGUUCGAUAUCAAGUACGCCGUUAACACGCGCUAUGAACUGGUUUGUGUUUUCUCGAGGUCACCGACGAACUUUGACAGACGUUAGUAUGUCACAAGCCAGUGUGAUAUUACUUGUGCUCGGUGUUUGCAGUAUCAUCGUUAAGGCAUCAGCAGCAGAUAAUGGCCAUUGUAUUUGGUAUGGAGAGUGUUACCAGGAUGAGAUGAUGCACAAAAAAAAUUGUCACUAUAUUGGGCCAGCUAAGCCAUUGGAUAAUGAGGGACAAAAAAUACUUGCUAAAAAUUGUCCUCAUUUAAUCAAUGAUUCCGGAAAUGGGAUUAAUACUUGCUGUGAUACAAACCAAUUGCAAACCAUGGAUUUCAAUAUUAAAUUAGCAGCUAAUUUUAUAAGCAGAUGCCCUAGCUGUUUAGAUAAUUUAGUAAAACACUUUUGUGAAUUUACGUGUAGUACAAAACAAAGCACCUUUAUUAAUGUUACUGAUAUACAGGAAAGUGAUGGUAAAAAGUAUGUCAAUAAAAUAGAACUUUUUAUAACAAACAAGUAUCUUGAAGGUACUUUUAAUUCGUGUAGUAAAGUAUCUGUACCUAGUACUGGACAAUUAGCAAUGGAUAUAAUGUGUGGAGUAUGGGGGGCCAGUAGAUGUACUCCAAUGAAAUGGUUUCAUUAUAUGGGUGAUGCAGAAAACAAUGGUUACGUACCUUUCCAAAUUACAUAUAAAAAUACAGAUGAACCAGUUGGUAAUUUUACACCUGUAGAUCCUAUUGUUACUCCUUGCAGUAAAGCAUUAAAUAAAAACACACCAGCAUGUAGCUGUGUGGACUGUGAAGGUAGCUGUCCAGUGCCACCUCCGGCACCUCCUUUACCAGAACCCUUCACUAUUAUAAGCUAUGAUGGCUAUGCUGUGGUUAUGAUAAUUACUUUUAUAAGCGGCACAGUUCUCUUUGUCCUAUCAUUAGUGUGCCACAAUAAUAGGAAGAAAAUAGUUGCACGAGGUGAGGAGGUAGGAAGGCAGGUGGGUAGACGUCUAGCUGCAGGGUUACAUCAUUCAGGAGAUGGUGCCCGUAUUGCUCUCGCCGCUGACCAGGAGGAUAGUCCACUUCAGUCCAAGCGUUCCAGUGUGAUAUCUGCAGAUGAGUUGCCGAUUGGAUUCGACGAAGAACAGCAAUCGACUUUGAUCGAAAGAUUGGGCGCCAGCACUGAUAAACUAUUAGCGGAAUUUUUUUGUUGGUGGGGUACAGCAUGCGCUUCACGGCCGUGGUUCGUUCUCUUUAUUGGAUUUCUUUUCGUUGUUACUCUGGGACAUGGAAUAAAAUAUAUCCACAUUACCACGGACCCGGUUGAAUUAUGGGCUGCCCCCCAGUCUCGCUCACGGGUUGAGAGAAAAUAUUUUGAUGAACACUUUGAACCGUUCUAUAGAAACGAGCAAAUAAUUAUAACGUCAGUAGGUCUGCCAAAUAUUGUACAUAACACAUCCAAUGGUCCAAUAACGUUUGGCCCGGUGUUCAACGAUACCUUCUUGAAGACAAUUUAUCAGUUACAAGAGGGAAUUAAACAGAUCGUUACGCCGAAUAAUUACACUUUAGCGCAUAUAUGUUUUGCUCCAUUAACAGGACCGUUCACUGGACCACCAACAGUUUCGCAAUGUGUUAUCCAAAGUAUGUGGGGAUAUUGGCAAGAUAGCUUAGAAAAUUUUGAUUCCACAAGUGUGGACGAUGAUAACUUUACUGUAAAUUAUCUGGAUCAUUUCAGAACUUGUUCGCAAAACGCGUACAAUCCUGAAUGUCUUGCACCUUAUGGAGGACCGGUAGAACCCGCAAUCGCGGUUGGUGGAUUCUUGUCACCUGGUCAAGAUCUCCAUAAUCCUUCGUAUGAAAAAGCCACAGCGGUGAUAUUAACUUUCCUAGUGAACAACUAUCACAAUAAAUCCAAACUAGCUCCGGCAAUGGAAUGGGAAAAGAGUUACAUUGAAUUUAUGAAAAAUUGGACAGCGACGAAAAAGCCAGCAUUUAUGGAUAUUGCUUUCACUUCAGAACGAUCUAUCGAAGAUGAAUUGAACAGGGAGUCUCAGUCGGAUGUUUUAACUAUCCUUGUAUCUUACAUUAUCAUGUUUGCGUAUAUCGCGAUUUCCCUAGGUCAAAUGAAGUCUUGCAGUAGACUAUUGAUCGAUUCUAAAAUUACUCUCGGCCUUGGCGGUGUACUCAUAGUAUUGGCUUCUGUCGUUUGUUCCGUUGGUUUGUUCGGUUUCGUUGGCCUUCCUGCCACGCUAAUUAUUAUUGAAGUCAUACCAUUCCUUGUCCUUGCCGUUGGUGUAGACAAUAUUUUCAUUCUGGUCCAAACUCAUCAAAGGGAAGGUCGUCGUCCAAAUGAAUCAAUACCUGAACAUAUUGGUCGUACCCUUGGCCAAGUUGGACCAAGUAUGUUGCUUACCAGUGUAUCAGAAAGUUGCUGCUUUUUCCUUGGUGGAUUAUCCGACAUGCCUGCCGUUAAAGCUUUCGCUCUCUAUGCCGGUAUGGCAUUGUUAGUAGACUUUGUACUUCAAAUAACGUGUUUCGUUAGUUUGUUGGCUUUGGAUACUGUUCGCCAAGCGAACAACAAAUUGGACGUAUGUUGUUUCAUUCGUGGUUCAAAGAAAGACGACGGAGAGGACGUAGUAAAUGGAAUUUUAUAUAAAAUUUUCAAAGUUGCUUACGUUCCUUUAUUGCUGAAAAAAGGAACCCGUGCAUUUGUUAUGAUAGUGUUCUUUGCUUGGCUCUGUUCGAGCAUCGCUGUUGUUCCACAUAUCGAAGUCGGUUUAGACCAAGAACUUUCCAUGCCUGAAGACAGUUUUGUCUUGAAAUACUUUAAAUUUUUGAACAGUUAUUUAUCUAUUGGCCCGCCAAUGUACUUUGUCGUAAAGGAGGGUUUAAAUUAUUCUGAUCCGAGACAACAAAAUCUUGUGUGCGGUGGUCAAUAUUGUAAUAGCGACUCGGUAUCCACUCAAAUAUUUAUUGCAUCCAAACAGUCAAACGUGACGUACAUAGCGAAACCUGCAUCCUCGUGGUUGGACGAUUAUAUCGAUUGGUGUGAACUAUCUAAUUGUUGUAAAUAUUUCAAAUCAAAUAGUUCUUUUUGCCCACAUACAGAAUCUAUCAAGCGCUGUGCCUCGUGUGAGAUCACUAAGAAUAAGUUCGGUCGUCCGGUACCAACGGACUUUGAGAGAUACGUGUCAUUUUUCUUACAAGACAAUCCCGAUGAGACUUGCGCCAAAGCAGGUCAUGCUGCUUACGGCCAUGGCGUGAAUUAUGUUACCGAUCCACAAACAGAAUUGUCCAAGGUUGGAGCGUCCUAUUUCAUGGCUUACCAUACCAUUUUGAAAUCGUCCGCCGAUUAUUACGAAUCGAUGAGAGCUGCAAGAGCUGUCUCAGCAAAUAUAACUAAUAUGAUCAACACCAAUUUGAAACGUAUCGGUGGUAAUUCAACUGUUGAAGUUUUCCCGUACAGCGUAUUUUACGUUUUUUACGAACAGUACUUAACAAUGUGGCCUGACACAUUAUACAGCAUAGGAAUAUCAUUGAUUGCUAUUUUCGUGGUGACGUUCUUUUUGAUGGGCUUGGACAUAUUUUCCUCUAUUGUCGUUAUAAUAACAAUCACAAUGAUUGUUGUCAAUAUUGGUGGUUUAAUGUAUUGGUGGCACAUAACAUUAAACGCAAUAUCCCUAGUUAACCUUGUUAUGGCCGUAGGAAUCGCUGUCGAAUUCUGUAGUCAUUUAGUACAUUCUUUCUCUGUAUCAGUAAAGACGACUAGGGUUGAAAGAGUCGCCGAUGCAUUGACAAAUAUGGGAAGUUCUAUCUUCAGUGGCAUCACUCUCACAAAGUUCGGUGGAAUCGUGGUACUUGGUUUUGCCAAAAGUCAAAUUUUUAAGGUAUUCUACUUCAGGAUGUACCUGGGUAUCGUAUUAUUCGGGGCAGCUCAUGGUUUAAUAUUUUUGCCCGUAUUACUCAGUUAUAUCGGCGUGAUGCCGCGCCGAGGGCGUAGAGGAGCCCGCCAAUGUGCCAGCAGGGCUAGAAACGAAUUUAGGAGCCAGGUACAGGGGCCUGACUCUCCUUUGCUCCAAAAUGACAACAAUCAAUUCCCAACCACUUCCUACGCCAGUGUGAACUCCAUAGAUCCGUCAGAUCAUAGAGUGAUCUUUUAGCACUGAUCAUUAUCCGAAUUAAUUAACACUAUGACUUUUGUAUUUAGAGAGACUGAAGAUGAUCUGCUUAAUAUGAUACUUAACCAUUUUUACCAUCAUCAACAUUAUUCUUUUCAAAAGGUUGAAUUGAGGUUGAAUAGGCUGAAUGAUUGUCUAAAGAAUUAUGUGAUCAAAUUUGAACUAUGAAGUUCAUACGUGGUUAUUUUUUUGUAUUUAGGAAGCGAUGAAUUUCAGAUAUGAUUAAUAUUAUUAUUAUCAUUAAUUUCGUAAGGUUACAUUAUAUUUAGGGUAUUUAAUUGUGAAAGAAUUCUAAUGCUGAAGCUUUAUUAUGUAUUUGCAGUAAGUUUUAAGGUGGUGCGAUUAAUCGAAUAGAUUGAAAGUACCAAGGUAUAUAAUUUAGUUUUCUGGUACUUUUUUUUUUUUCAAUGAAAAAUGCGUAAAUGUGCGUUGCUGCAUUUUCGUCGUGCUUUAAUCACGCGGAUGCAUUUUUUAUCGCUGGGAGAGUUCAGUUUUCGAUAUGAAUGUCAUAUAAUGAUGGGGAAAAAGAGAUGACUUCUCAGCGGUAUAACGCCGUUACAUACAUUUUGUAUUUAUGUAUGAUCAACAAGAUUGAUACUACGAAAUUUAUUUUAAAAUUCUUUGUACAACGUAAAUACGAAAUGUCACUCGAGAAGAGAAUAUCAACCGUCCUUAGUCGAGAUAAAAUAUUAAAUAGAAA